AUGGCGAAAUCAAUUCGAGAUGGAAAGUCGAUCAACUUCAAUGUGAUUGCUCCAAGAUUGAACGCUCCAACUCAAACUGAAGCUGUUGCAAGAGAAACAAAGAUGGCCCAAAACAAGAUUCUCUAUUCUGCAAAGCUCGACGAGAACAUGCGAAGAUCAGCCUACUUCGAGACAAACAAGAGAACCGUCAAAAGCGAAUCAAAAGUUCUUUGCUAUGAAGCAAGGAACAACAGAAAAUUUGAUGCAUUUCAAUUCUUGAGACAGGCUGAAGUCCUGCAAGAUCUAUAUGGCGUGGCCUGGUUCCAAAAUUUGGCAGUCAAGACGAAAGCGAUUGCUGCUAUUGCUAGCACCAAUACUGCUGCUCAAAACAAAUUCAAGGAUGAUAUCUUUGAAGCCGUUCUGCAACUGCGAUUGAACGAGAACAGCUCCUCUGAUGCUGGAUCUUCAGACGAACUAUUGCAGAGAAUUGGAUGA